UGGACCUGUCCUACAACCAAUUCACCUCUGUCCCAAUGAAUCUGCCUCGCUGUCUCCGUAAACUGACCCUCCAACACAACAACAUUAGUUACAUCCCAGCCUUCGCGUUCCGUCACCUGCGGCCCGGCCUACAGUCCCUCUGUCUAUCCCACAAUGACUUGAGAAAUGAGGGUAUGGAAAGAGUCUCUUUUGUCGGAACAUACCGCUCACUGAGUGAGCUUUUACUGGACAAUAAUCGUUUGGAAGAUGUCCCUCGCUGUGUUCGACAGUUCAAGAACCUGCAGGUGCUGAGGCUGGACAACAACCAGAUCAGGCUGCUGAGGAAAUGGGGGGUGUGCCACCCUCGUAAUUCUGGCUCCACCUUGGCUUCGAUCCAUUUGGAAAAUAAUCUGCUGGAGGUGGAGAGGAUUCCCCCAAAUGCCUUCUCCUGUCUCGCUGAUGCUCAGGGACUGGUCCUGUACCCACAGCAGGGUUACUCAUACGACCAGUAGACCACACAGUGGGACAGACAUGCAGUACAUAGACAGACACAUACCCACAAUAUAUGCAUGUGCAUCCUCAUGAGAAGCUCCGAAAAAAGUCAGUCAGUGCUAUCAUUGUAUCAUCUCCAAACCCAUAA